UUUAAAUUUAAUUUAUUGUUAAGUUCAAAACAAAAUGAAUUUUUUACACAUUUUAUCUCUGUUAUUAGUAGCUUUUGUGGCCUCUGCCUCUGCCCAAUUGUGUCCAGGAAGUCCACUUGCUCCUGCAUGUGCAGGCUCUCGGAAUGAUGGUCGUGGUGGCCGCGGUUGUGUAUCCCGUCGCAUGUGGUACUGGGAUGGUCGUUCUCGACAAUGUCGUGAAAUGCGUUACAUGGGUUGUGGUGGCAACAGCAAUCGUUGGUGUUCUUGGGCUGCCUGUCAACGCAGAUGUCGUCGCCGUUAAGUUUUCACAAAAUUUUACAUUUUUUUUAUAAUUUAAUAGAAUAUUAAAUUUGUUUUUUAAUUUUAUUAAAUUUAAUUAAUAUUUUAAUUGACUGCAAGU